CGCAUAUCCACCGUCAAUGGUUGAUUCCACAUACAUAAGGACUACCCCCGCGCCUCUGGCUCAACAUCAACUUCCUCCUUGACGCUGGCGCGUCAGAUCCGAGCAUGUCAUACUAUAGUUAUGGUUCACCAACUGCGCCUUAUUAUCCAGCGCUGGCGCAGGAUCUGAGGAUGACGGAAAACCAGCAGGAAUACUACCAACCGAAUCCGCCCUUCAAUGCAUACUCUGCGCAGCCAGGUUCUUCCUACAUCGGGCCCUACGACAGGACGUCGCACGCCGCUUCGUAUGGCUCGCAAUUUCGGGAACAGACGAAUAGCUUGUCACACUCAAGCACUCGGUGGCAGCAAGCGCCCUAUCAGACCACGUAUCCUGCGUCGCAGGAUGUUCGAACGUGGGGUCCUCCCUAUUCGAGAAGCUCUGUCUAUACUGGCUAUACAUCUCCCGUCCGUGCCUCAGUAACUCGCAUCAACGAACUUCCUCCCGAGCUGUUAUCGCACAUCUUCCUCGAGACUCUGCCGGUACAGUUAUGCGAUGCAAGGCCUCACAACCGUGCCGCUCCGUUGAUACUCAGCCACGUCUGCCGGUACUGGAGAGACAUCGCCAUCAGCCUCCCGAGCUUAUGGCAACGACUCUGCUUGACUGGCUGUCAGAGCAGGCGGAAUCAUCGCCGCUUGCGGCUGGCGCAAACCUACAUGGAUAGGGUUCGAGGCACGGGUUUGGUCGUCAACUAUUCUGACGUUGAGGCCAGCGACGUGAUCUUUCGCCAUUGGGACGUCGUGGUCUGUGGUCAAGGCCUUACAUUUGCGCCAGCGGCAGACCGCUGCUACUGCGCUUUGGAUCUUCUUAUCUCUCGCAUCUCUGAAGUACGCGUCCUUGAACUUAUCAUUGGACAAGCGUCGACCUUGCGACUCUCGUCGGUCCCGCCGGCUGCCGCCGCUGCAUUACGGAAUCUUGUCGUACGGUUUUUGGAGGGUGGGGAGACGACACAAAUGCUUUCCCGGCUGUACACCGACUCGCCCAGUAUCACUCAGUUUACAUGGGCGAAUUUUCACGAUGUCUGUCUUCCACGGCCACCGAUAGCGGUACCUUGGUCGCAGCUCACCUCUGCACAUAUCGACGACUGUGUAUUGACCCACAGUGCAUUUCUCUCCAUCAUGGAGAAUGGACAGCGCCUUAGCGAUGUACGCGUGCGCCUGGGCCGCGAUAAUUCACCCCCUCCACACGGUCGAGCCCAGGUCCGCCAGGCCAAAGUGGCGACUCUGACUAUCUAUGGGAACGAGCCGCUCGACGUCGUCCUCAGCAAUCUCCAACUCCCGUCCCUUCGUACGCUUUCGCUCAGAUCCGAUACCAACGACAUAACAGUAUGGCCAUGCGCUGAUACUCGAACGUUGCAGCAGUUCAUCGCCCAUGUAUCCCCCGCACUCGAUUCCUUCAAGGUGUCGCGCGCGGAGAAUGUAACGGAACAAGACCUCGUCGUUCUACUGGAGCUGCCUCAGAUGUCCACGCUCAAGUCACUGAGUGUCUAUGGGCCUUGCGUUCGGGAUGAGUUCUUCGCUCGCUUGCAUCCGGGGCACGGCGCGCCUCUCGCGCCUCAUCUGACGAUGCUGGCCAUUGGGAGGUGUACGACCACUGACGGCAUCAUCGCCGAUAUGAUACAGUCACGUCGCACGUACGGAUAUCCUCUGCAACACGCUGAUAUCACCUUCAAUCGGGACCAGCGAGAUCUUCACGCUCGGGAUACAGCAGAAUUCCGAGAUCUAGAGAAAUGUGGCAUGUUCGUCAGGGGAUCCUACAGUACAUACGCCUAAUCCAGGUAUACGAUAAUCAUAAUCGUAAGGGACAUUAUUGUUGUUAAGGAUGUCAUCGGCCAAUCUCCACUGCAGACGCAUUAUGAGUCGCGACACACCUCACCGCGUGCAGCUACGAAUAAUAGAUACACUAUCAUUGCACUGAGAUUGUCCAGUCCGAAGUCGUGGCCGAUUCCAAGGUGACCCGUAGAUGCUCCGCUCGAUUGUCACGAUACCACGGAUCGUUAGACACGAUGGUAGUCAUGCCACGAGGCUCGUGCUUGUUGACAGUCCGCAGGAAACUAUAGUAGCUCUGUUCAUCUUGCCAAAGAUGAUGUGCCAUGCCUGGAGAG